AUGGCUCUCUCCUUAAACCGCGUUAGAUCGGCGUCGAUCUUCCCACUCACAGUAACAUUCCUCUUCAUCUUCGCCGGAAAAUCCCUCGCCCAAGGCUUACGACCGUCCGAUCAUGGUCUACAGUAUCAAUUCAGCUCACCACCGACUGAAUCUCACUCACCGCCGGGAAAAAUGAUGUCAUUCUUCGGAGAUUCCCAUUCUUCUCCUCCCCCUUCCCACCCUCAGCUCCUCCCGAAAGCUACGGCUGCAGACGGCGGCGACGACGAUUCUUGGUGGCGAGACGGAGCUGGGAACAGACGCGAUCACGUGAUGAGGCACGUGUUUCUUGCGGCGAGCAUAAUCUGCGGCAUCUCCGGCGUUGCGCUUCUUGUGGUUUUCACUUUGAUUUACUUCUUUAAGUAUCGGAAGCCAAAUCGAUCGAACUCGGACUUGCCUUGUAACGAUUCAAAGUAG